AUGUUAAUAUUGAAAUCAUUUAAAAGACCUAAAGGAGGUGGACCAUGUCCAUUAAUUAAUAAUCCAGUGAAGAAGUGGUUGAAAUAUUUAUCAAUAUUUCAUAUAAUUUUACUUGUAAUGACUUGUGUUUCAAUUAGUUUUCCAUUUAUUCAUGAUUUACAUUGUUCAAUUCUAUUCAAUUCACUUGCUAAUCUUAUAGCAUCCGCUAUAUGUUCUACACUCAUGGCUACAUAUUAUAUUAUUGUAUCAAAUAAAGAUUUAGGUAAUAUUUUACUACUUACUAAUAGUGCUACUAAUAUUCCUCCAAAGGGAGCUAUUAAUACUAAUAAGGUGGAUAAUGUAAAUAAUGUGUAG